AAGGAUAAUUUGAUUAAAAUGGAAGAUAUUGAUGUGAUUUUUUGAAAAAUAUGUUGUUUUUUUCUCAUUUAUGUGAUAAAUUGUUAAAAAGUUCAGUGAGUUGAGAAUCCAUCAACUUACCUUCGAGAAGAAACAAAGAAAAAUCAUAAUUUUUGUAUCAGAGCGAUACGACUUACAAUAAAAUAUUUGGUGAGAAAGAAUAGAGAAAAACAAACGUUUUAUUUUUGAUCGUGAGGACUUAAAAUAAGGACUUCAAAUAAGGACUUUAAAUAAAUAGCUCGUGAGAAAGGAAAAAAAAAACAUUUACCAUUGAUCGUAACAACGCUAGACUUAACUAUGGGGUCACCGUGCGAGAAAAAUGGAAUUGAUUUAGUUGAAGCGGACAAAAAGGAGAAGAAAAACGGCACCAUCUUCCACUCCGCAGACGACACUCAUCCGGAAGCGGAAGUUUUCAUUGAGACGGAGAGUGCUAGAGAUUUGGUGCUCUACCCCCACGGGAGGUGUAGCAGGGGUGUGGAGGUGGUGGAGGUGUGGCUCAACCAGCUCUGGAACCAGCACAAGAAGAAGGCGACCUUGGCCUUCAAGAUCACUCUGUUCGCGUUGUACCUGACCUACUUUGGUUACUGUGUGCACUACAGGUACCAUGAUGAAGGCUCCUACAUACUGACCGCCAUAACGGGGGCGGUGGUCAUCAAGAUUGUUGCAGGUCUCAUUGACGGACCGAGGCUUGCACGCGCUCUCAAGAAAUGCCAGACCUGCAUUGGCACGUCCAACAAGAGUCGGCGGGUCAGGGCGGUCCUUAGAUACGGCCUCUACAUUGUCGCCUCUGUCCUGCUGUGUGUGUACUUUGCCAUUGACGUCAUCGGUCACUCGGUACACAACGGACAAGCCGUGCUUGGUAUCUUCUGCUUGCUGCUCGUCUGCUUCAUCUUUUCAUACAAGCCUAGCAAGGUCAACUGGCAUCCGGUGUUCUGGGGUUUUUUCAUCCAAUUCGCCUUCGCCACUUUGACCUUGAGGACGGUCAUCGGCUACGAGGCCUUCAAGUGGAUGGGGGACAUUGUCCACGCCUUUGUGCGGCUCUCAGACAUGGGCUCGGCCUUCGUGUUUGGGGACAGUUUCAGGGCCACUAAAGCUGGGUUUUUCUUUGAGACGGCGGGCGUGAUCGUGUUCUUCAACUCGUGCAUCUUCAUCAUGGACUACUUCGGUGUGCUGGAGUUUAUCGUGCUGAAGAUAGGUCGGGGUCUGUCCUUGUGUCUGGAGACUGGCCCGGUCGAAUCGGUGGUCUCAGCUGCCAACAUUUUCAUUGGUCUGUCUGAGGCCCCCCUCCUGAUCCGCCCCUACCUCCCCACAGUGACCAAGUCCGAGCUACACGCCAUCAUGACCUGUGGGUUCGCCAGCAUUUCGGGAGCUUUCAUGGCCAUGUUCAUCAAAUCUGGGGCACCAGCUAGUCACCUACUGACCGCUGCGGUCAUCUCUGCCCCAGCAGCCCUGGCCAUCUCUAAGCUGAUGUACCCUGAGAUGGAGAGGGUCGACCUGGAGAGUCAGAGCAACAUCAAGAUGCGGGAUGAGGAGUCUACACAGAACCUACUCCAGGCCGCAUCUGAUGGGGCGGCCUUCUCUACCAAGCUUGUGGCCGCCAUCAUGGUGAACAUGAUAGCCUUCGUAUCGAUACUCAACCUUUUGAACAAAAUUUUCGUCUGGAUCGGGGAGCGUGCUGGGGUAUCGGAUUUGACAUUUGAUAUCAUCUGCUCUUACCUGAUGUUCCCCCUCACCUACGUCAUGGGCGCCACCCCUGAGGACUGUGGCAAGAUCGGGGCGCUCAUCGGCAUCAAGUUCUUCGCCACGCCCUUUGUGGCAUACGCCGAGCUGGGGAAGAUGAUUCAGAACCGUCGAGUGUUUGAGGAAUACACCAGAGAGAUGAACGGCACCUGGUACCUGUCAGGUGAGGACGUCAUACUGGAGGGGACCAACACCACCUUGGUCAAAGGGUUCAUGACGGAAAGGUCGGAGGUCAUAACGACGUACGCCCUGUGCGGCAUUUCAGCGUUUCCUGCCAUAGGUUUCUGUAUGGGGACGUUGAUACCGAUGUGUCCCUCAAGGAAGAAAGACGUCAUCGCUCUGGUGUUGCGGGCCUUCGUGGCGGGGAAUCUGGCCAACUUUGUCACAGGAGCCGUCGCAGGUGUAAUGUACACAGGAUAGAUCAAGACAUGAGAUUUUUUAAAUGAUAUUC